AUGUCGAUAACACAAAUCAUUGGGUUCAGUCUUCUGGUUUGCAUCACUUUGGCCUAUAAUGAAACUUUCUCCCCAUUUGACCUCAAUACAAAUGUUAUUACCACAUUCGUUGGUUAUCCUGGCUACGAACAAAAUGUCACUCUGAACAAUUAUUAUCAGCCUACUACUCUUCUCCCAAACAACGUUUAUAACCCAAGUGAAUUAUUUAAAUCAAGUGAUAGCAAUGAAAACAUUGACUAUGACUUCUUUCAAAAAUACAUUGACAACUUCAAUUUAUCAUACUUUGAUCCAGAUCCCAGUGAAUAUAAUAUUGAUGGAGAAAUACCAGAAGAAGAGCAAAGUCAUAAACGUCCUCAUGACAGAUGUGAUGCGAGCCUUGACAAUCGCGAUGAAUAUAGAAAAUGCAAGAAAACGCCCGACCAACCAUCUAUUUGCAAACGCAAACGACCCGAUUGUGGGCCAACGUCCAAUCAUUCAUCGUUUGCCUUUCACAAUGAAACACAUCAAACUGAACACCAAGGUGAAAGUUGUAACAGAUCCUUCUCCUUUUAA